AUGACCAUUCAGCCAUACGCAGAGCCAACUAACGUGACGAAUCCCGUCAAUCGGAUACGAUGGGCGACGCAACGAGUUUCUGGCCCAAGCGGGCGAAAGAAGCGUCUCUCCAUCAUGGACCGGUUCCAUCGAGGUUCGGUACGCGAGAAGAGGGCGCGACAACAGCAGCAACAGCAUGCCGAUUCAUUUCCAGAAGAAGAGGAUGGCCCUGAUCAUCAGGAUACAGAAGAGUCACAUGAAGAAGCUGAAGGUCAACAACGGUCCAUCUACUUCAACGUUCCUCUCCCGGAUUCCGCCAAAGACGACGAAGGCCGGCCCGCGAUCCAGUAUUCGCGGAACAAGAUCCGUACGGCCAAAUAUACGCCUCUCAGCUUCGUCCCGAAGAACUUGUACUUUCAACUACACAACAUAGCUAAUAUUUAUUUCUUGUUCAUUGUGAUCCUCCAGAUUUUCUCCAUUUUCGGUGCUUCCAAUCCCGGCCUCGGUGCCGUGCCCAUUAUUGUUAUUCUCACUGUGACGGCGAUCAAAGAUGCCAUUGAGGACUGGCGGCGAACCGUGCUUGACAAUGAACUGAACAACUCGUCGGUUCAUCGUCUGGUGGAUUGGGACAAUGUCAACGUGUCUGAGGAGAACGUGUCCGCCUGGCGAAGGGUGAAGAAGGCAACCACGCGGACAAUUGUAUCCACUUAUCGAGCAUGCAAAGGCAUGAGGAAAAAGUCGUCCAAAAAGGGCCAAAAAGAUGUCGAGCGUGGCCUCGAUGAGCCUCGGACGUCUGCCGGCACCAGGCCAACGCCGCGGACCUCGAUGAACUCUUACCGCUCUUCAGUCUAUUCUCAGAAUAGCGGGGUCGAGGAGGAAGGCAUCCAAAUGACGCCCGUUCCCUCGCCGAGUCCCGCGAAAGAGCGUCUCUCCAACGGCAAUUUGGAGGUCCACGAACGCCCAAUGACCGGUUUCUCCUACGACGAAGAGUCCGAAAACUACUUUGCCGCGAGAAAAGCUGCUGCUCCUACGCAGGAGUUGAGAAAAAAUGCCUCGGCUUCCAAUAAGGCAUGGGGCAACGUUAUCAAUCCCAAUAAACCCCUGCAUAAUGCAGCUCGGUUCAAAAAAGACUAUUGGAAGAAUGUGCAAGUUGGCGACUUUGUGCGCAUCUACAAUGAAGACGAGGUUCCGGCCGAUUGUGUCAUCCUAUCCACUUCGGAUCCGGACGGCGCUUGCUACGUUGAGACAAAGAAUUUGGACGGCGAGACAAACCUCAAAGUCCGUCAGUCACUGCGCUGUGGCCGUCAUGUGAAGCAUGCUAGAGACUGCGCACGGACUGAGUUUCUCAUUGAGAGCGAGCCACCGCACUCCAACCUUUACCAGUACAAUGGUGUGAUUCGCUGGAAUCAAAUUGACACGGCAGAUCAAGACGUGGAGCCCGUUCCCAGAGCAGAACCAAUUUCGGUCAACAAUUUGCUGCUACGUGGAUGCAGUCUUCGAAACACGGAGUGGGUGCUUGCCAUUGUCGUCUUCACCGGAGAAGAGACCAAGAUUAUGCUCAACUCUGGCAUGACGCCCACUAAGCGCACGAGGAUCGCUCGAGACCUAAAUUGGAAUGUCAUCUACAACUUCAUCAUCCUGUUCUUGAUGUGUUUCAUUUGCGCUAUCGUCAACGGCGUUACUUGGGGUCAAGGACACAACUCUCUCGACUUCUUUGAAUUUGGAUCCAUUGGAGGGACCCCGGCGCUGAAUGGUUUCGUCACGUUCUGGACUGUUGUUAUUCUCUUUCAGAACUUGGUCCCGAUUUCGCUCUUUAUUACCCUUGAAAUUAUCAAGACGGCCCAGGCAUUCUUCAUUUGGAGUGAUACUUUCAUGUACUACGAAAAGAUUGAUUAUCCUUGCACGCCAAAGUCGUGGAAUAUCUCAGACGACCUCGGACAGAUCGAGUACAUUUUCUCGGACAAGACAGGAACUUUGACGCAAAAUGUCAUGGAGUUCAAGAAAUGUACUAUCAAUGGGGUUCCUUAUGGAGAGGCUUACACCGAGGCUUUGGCUGGUAUGCGCAAACGAGAGGGAGUCGACGUCGAAGAGGAGGGGGAGCGAAUGCGCGAGCAGAUUGCACAAGAUCGAGUGCAGAUGUUGGCUGGUCUUCGAAAGAUGCACGACAACCCCUACCUAGUCGAUGAUCAGCUCACUUUUGUUGCACCAGACUACGUUGCCCACCUCGCAGGCGAAAAUGGAGAGGAGCAAAGUCGUGCCAACGAGCACUUUAUGCUCGCGCUUGCUCUCUGCCACACGGUUGUCACAGAGCGAACGCCCGGUGACCCCCCCAAGAUUGAAUUCAAGGCCCAGUCCCCAGAUGAGGCCGCCCUGGUUGCCACAGCUCGUGACUGUGGCUUUACCGUUCUCGGCCGUCGUGGUGAUGAGAUCAUGCUCAAUAUCAUGGGCGAGGAGCGAUCAUAUACUAUUCUCAACACGUUAGAGUUCAACUCUUCGCGAAAGCGUAUGAGCGCUAUUGUUCGAAUGCCUGACGGGAAAAUUGUUCUCUUUUGCAAAGGCGCAGACAGCAUAAUUUGGUCUCGCCUGAGACGUGGCGAGCAGGCCGAGUUGCGCGAAAGCACCAAACAACAUCUUGAGAUGUUUGCCCGAGAAGGUCUUCGCACUUUGUGCGUAGCGCAAAGGGAGCUGAAUGAGGACGAGUACUACGCGUGGAACAAGAAGCAUGAAGUUGCUGCCGCUGCAGUCCAAGAUCGAGAGGAGAAGCUUGAGAAGAUUUCAGAUGAGAUCGAAAGGCAGCUGCUGCUACUCGGCGGAACAGCCAUCGAGGACAGACUUCAGGAUGGUGUGCCUGAAACGAUUGCCCUGCUCGCAGAAGCGGGAAUCAAGCUUUGGGUGCUCACUGGAGACAAGGUCGAGACUGCCAUCAAUAUUGGAUUUUCUUGUAACCUCCUUAACAAUGACAUGAAUCUCAUUGUUGUAAAGGCGGAUGCUGGGAAUCCAGAAGCAGUGUCAGCAGAAUUGGAGAAACACCUGAGUGUAUUUGGGAUGACAGGAUCAGAUGCCGAAUUGGCUGCCGCUAAGAAGGAUCACGGCGCACCUGGUCCCACUCACGCCAUUGUUAUCGAUGGUGAUUCACUCAAGGUUGUUCUGGAAGAGCAAUACAAGCAGCAAUUCCUCUUGCUCUGUAAGCAGUGCAAAUCAGUUCUUUGCUGCCGAGUCAGCCCCAGCCAGAAAGCUGCUGUCGUUCAAAUGGUCAAACGAGGUCUUGAUGUUAUGACACUCUCCAUUGGAGACGGUGCCAAUGACGUCGCAAUGAUACAAGAGGCAGACGUCGGAGUGGGUAUCGCCGGUGAGGAGGGUAGACAGGCAGCCAUGUCGUCCGACUAUGCCAUUGGUCAAUUCCGCUUUCUGCAACGACUUGUCCUUGUUCACGGCCGCUGGUCAUAUCGCAGAAUUGGUGAGACAAUUGCCAACUUUUUCUACAAGAAUAUCGUUUGGACAUUCACGUUAUUCUGGUACAUGAUCUACAACAAUUUUGACGGAUCAUAUCUCUUUGAAUACACGUACAUUCUACUGUACAACUUGGCCUUCACAUCCAUUCCAAUCAUCUUAUUGGGUGUGCUCGACCAAGAUGUAAGUGACAAGGUCUCUCUUGCUGUCCCUCAGCUCUACCGUCGUGGCAUUCAACGCAAGGAAUGGACACAAACAAAGUUCUGGGUGUAUAUGCUUGAUGGCAUCUACCAGUCUGUGAUUUGCUUCUACAUGGGAUAUCUCAUGUUUAAACCAGCCAAUUUUGUCACCGCGAACGGACAAAAUAUUAAUGACAGACAGCGCAUAGGCAUCUAUGUUGCCUGCGCAACAGUCGUUGUAGCAAACAUCUAUUUACUCAUGAACACAUACAGAUGGGACUGGUUCACUCUCCUCAUCAUGUCAAUCAGUAUCCUCCUCGUGUGGUUCUGGACAGGAGUCUAUUCAGCCUUCACGUCCACCAUGACGUUUUACGGAGCUGCCAGCGAGGUCUUUGGCCAAGCGACAUUCUGGGCUGUCACUUUCCUUUCUGUCAUUAUCUGUCUGUUACCCAGAUUCAGCGCCAAGAUCGUUCAGAAAUUCUACAUGCCCUACGACGUCGACAUUGUUCGCGAGCAAGUCAAGCAAGGGAAAUUCGCCUAUCUUGAUGAAAAGUCGGCAUACACUGUCCAAUCCAACAGCGAGUCCACCGCUUCCUCGGACGAAAUACCUAAGCCCGCACCUAUAAAUGGCAACGCUUAUCAGAAUGAAGAUGAAAGGCCGAUUUAUCCUCCCUCGGUAGCGGCGACUCGCACUACCCAUAACCCCCGAAGUCAAAACGGCAGCGAUGGCACAGAAUACACCGGCCAUCGUUUAUCACUAGACCCUCCGGUGCGAACUUCGGUGGAGCGUCCCUCCCGACCCUCAUAUGAGAGAGUUCGCAUGAGUAUGGAUCGAAUGCGACCCAGUUUCGAGGCGUCGAAUGACAUUACCUCUGCCGCCAUGCUCACGAGAAUGGAGUCGGAGUAUUCGCAGCCAGAGCACAGCGAAACUGGCGUAGAUGGAAACCGUGAUAAUGGCGGAACACAGCAGUCAGCGAUUCCUCAUGCGCGAUGA